AUGUUUCAUCUUUUAACAUUCUCAUCAUUAUUAAAUUUAUUUAAUAAUUCUUUUAUUAAUCCAUGUUCACUUGUAUCAAUUGAUUCACAAGACAGUUCAAGAUUAGAUAUUCAAUUAAGUAUAUUAGCUGAAUUAGUUUCUACAUUUCGAUCGUGUCUUAAUGAUAUUAAUGCACAUGUUAUACAUGUUUCAUUAAAUACUUUACGAACAUUAUUACCGGUUGCUCUAGCUCAACUUAUAGAUGAUAUUGAUUUUCGAAUAUUAACUUAUCUUGAACAACAACAACAAUUAAAAACCACAAAUCGAUCAUGGCUUGAUCGUUGUAUUGAUAUUAUUUUUCAUUGUCUUACUGAUGAUGAUACACGUGUUCGUCAAUCAGCUGCUUCGAUUUUUGCUAAUGUGUUAAGACCAACAACAAUUCGACCAUUUUUUCAUAAUCAAUAUGAUGAACUUCGUUUACUUAUACAUUUUAUUAAAAAUCCAUUUAUAUUACAUGAUUUUAAUAAUUUACAACUAUUACUCGAUAUUAUUAAUUUAAUCUUUUCAAAUUUAUCAAAUAAUGCAAAUGAUAUCAAUGAUAUUCAAUCAGCAGAAAAAAUUUUUCAUUUUUUAAUCAAAAUUUUAUCUAUAUUUGCUUGUGUUGUUGAAGAUACAAUUCCAUCAAUUCCACAAACAUCAAAAAUAAAUUUUCCACCUAUUCCUGGAUCAUCUCAACAAAUAAAAAUAUGUUUUGAAAGUAGCACAAAUGAUUCAAGUAAUUCGAAAAUUGAACUAUUUUAUUUAUAA